AGCCGCGGAGCCGGACGUGUCCGCGAAGAUGGCGGGCCGGAGUAUGCAAGCUGCAAGAUGUCCUACAGAUGAAUUGUCAUUAACCAACUGUGCAGUUGUGAAUGAGAAGGAUUUCCAGUCUGGCCAGCAUGUGAUUGUGAGGACCUCUCCCAAUCACAGGUACACAUUUACACUGAGGACCCAUCCAUCAGUGGUGCCAGGGAGCAUUGCAUUCAGCUUACCUCAGCGAAAAUGGGCUGGACUUUCUAUUGGACAAGAAAUAGAAGUCUCCUUGUAUACAUUUGACAAAGCUAAACAGUGUAUUGGCACAAUGACCAUCGAGAUUGAUUUCCUGCAGAAAAAAAACAUCGACUCCAACCCUUAUGACACCGACAAGAUGGCAGCAGAAUUUAUUCAACAGUUCAACAACCAGGCCUUCUCAGUGGGGCAGCAGCUUGUGUUUAGCUUCAAUGAAAAGCUUUUUGGUUUACUGGUGAAGGAUAUUGAAGCCAUGGAUCCUAGCAUCUUGAAGGGAGAGCCUGCAACUGGUAAAAAACAGAAGAUUGAAGUAGGACUGGUUGUUGGAAAUAGUCAAGUCGCAUUUGAAAAAGCAGAAAAUUCAUCACUCAAUCUUAUUGGCAAAGCUAAAACCAAGGAAAAUCGCCAAUCUAUCAUCAAUCCUGACUGGAACUUUGAGAAAAUGGGAAUAGGAGGUCUGGACAAAGAAUUUUCAGACAUUUUUCGACGAGCAUUUGCUUCGCGCGUAUUUCCUCCAGAGAUUGUGGAGCAGAUGGGUUGUAAACAUGUUAAAGGCAUUCUGUUAUACGGGCCCCCAGGUUGUGGUAAGACUCUCUUGGCUCGACAGAUUGGCAAGAUGUUGAAUGCAAGAGAGCCCAAAGUGGUCAAUGGGCCAGAAAUCCUCAACAAAUAUGUGGGAGAAUCAGAGGCUAACAUUCGCAAACUUUUUGCUGAUGCUGAAGAGGAGCAAAGGAGGCUUGGUGCUAACAGUGGUUUGCACAUCAUCAUCUUUGAUGAAAUUGAUGCCAUCUGCAAGCAGAGAGGGAGCAUGGCUGGUAGCACUGGAGUUCAUGACACUGUCGUCAACCAGUUGCUGUCCAAAAUUGACGGGGUAGAACAGCUGAACAAUAUCCUUGUCAUUGGAAUGACCAAUAGACCAGAUCUGAUAGAUGAGGCUCUCCUUCGACCUGGAAGACUGGAAGUUAAAAUGGAGAUAGGCUUGCCAGAUGAGAAAGGUCGACUACAGAUCCUUCACAUCCACACAGCAAGAAUGAGAGGACAUCAGUUACUCUCUGCUGAUGUAGACAUUAAAGAAUUAGCUGUGGAGACCAAGAAUUUCAGUGGUGCUGAAUUGGAGGGUCUGGUGCGAGCAGCACAAUCCACUGCUAUGAACAGACACAUAAAGGCAAGUACUAAAGUGGAAGUGGACAUGGAGAAAGCAGAGAGCCUGCAGGUGACAAGAGGAGACUUCCUUGCUUCUUUGGAGAAUGAUAUCAAACCAGCAUUUGGCACAAAUCAAGAGGAUUAUGCAAGUUACAUUAUGAAUGGAAUCAUCAAAUGGGGUGACCCAGUUACUCGCGUUCUGGAUGAUGGGGAGCUGCUGGUCCAGCAGACUAAAAACAGUGACCGCACACCACUGGUUAGCGUCCUUUUAGAAGGCCCUCCUCAUAGUGGGAAGACUGCAUUAGCUGCAAAGAUCGCAGAGGAAUCCAACUUCCCCUUCAUCAAGAUCUGUUCUCCUGAUAAGAUGAUUGGCUUUUCUGAGACAGCCAAGUGUCAGGCCAUGAAGAAGAUCUUUGAUGAUGCAUACAAAUCCCAACUCAGUUGUGUGGUUGUGGAUGAUAUUGAGAGAUUGCUAGAUUAUGUCCCCAUUGGCCCCCGAUUUUCUAAUCUGGUAUUACAGGCUCUUCUUGUGUUACUGAAAAAGGCACCUCCUCAGGGCCGAAAGCUUCUUAUCAUUGGGACCACUAGCCGCAAAGAUGUCCUUCAGGAAAUGGAAAUGCUUAAUGCCUUCAGCACCACCAUCCACGUGCCCAACAUUGCUACUGGAGAGCAGCUGCUGGAAGCUUUGGAGCUUUUGGGCAAUUUUAAGGAUAAGGAACGCACCACAAUUGCACAACAAGUCAAAGGGAAGAAAGUCUGGAUAGGAAUCAAGAAGCUACUGAUGUUGAUCGAGAUGUCCUUGCAGAUGGAUCCUGAAUACCGCGUGAGAAAAUUCUUGGCCCUCUUAAGAGAAGAAGGAGCUAGCCCCCUUGACUUUGAUUGAAAAUGGACUCUUUGCAACACACGGUGACCAAGGGACAUGACCAAGGUGAAGAUGGCCUGGGAUCUUCACUCAUCUUGCUGGAGAUACUGGACUAAGUGAAACAUUCUCUACCUUCAACCUGCGCUCACUGCAUGAUUAGUGCAAAAACACUCCCCUCUUCGUGCUUAUUGAGAUAUUCUGGUGUUUUUGUGGAAAGUGUAAAUCUGCUUAAGAUGCUGUGCUUACCUUCCCCCGAGCUGAGGUGGUUCCUUCUUACUCAGAGUCUGUGUGGGAGCCGUACUGUAUUUGUGCACACUACACAUUUGAAGCUCCGCACCACCUGAAAACUAUUAGUAAAGGUAACAAAUGUUGCAGGACAACACUUGACCUUGUUAGAAGGUCGACUUUCUGCAUGCAAAACAAGAGCAGUGAGCAGAGGCGUGGGUUCUCUGGGACUCUGUACAACUCCCCUACGCUUACACUAACGGUAAUUGGUAUUUGGUUAAAGGUAUUCCCAUGGAACUGGUUAUUACUGCCUGAAGAAACAGGGCUUUGAAUAUCUAAGAUGCUGUUCUUAAUCAUUUUCAGAGAUAUUUUCAAGUUGCAAUCAGGAGAUCUUUCUUAUUAGAAAGUCCAGUUGUCACUGUGGUGGCUGUGACAUCCCCUUGAUAUAAUUAAUUUGCUCUGUGGUAAGAUAUAUGCUAAUUAUUACCACUCAGAAGAUGUUGUUAAAAACUUAUGAAAGAUAUGUAUGGAAAAAUGUACACCCCUAAACAGAAAGGAAUUAUUAAAAUAAAGUAAUUUACAAACCUCUCAGCACUAAUUAGUGUCCAACUCUAAGUGGGUCAAUUCCUUAGGAUAAUAUAAAAGGCUUAUUAGUAUCACCACUUUUUUCUUUUCCUUAGCCUAAUGACUUACUUAGAAUUUGUCCUUCCUUUAUUUUAAAUUAUCUGUACUAUCUAGCAUGCAAAUAAAACACUAUUAUCCAGAGAAAUAAGCCAUGUCCUCACCCUCUCCCUUCAGCCCUUGAACACCCGUCUGAUCCUUUCCCUCAUCCUCUACAUGCUUCUUCCAAAGGGAAGGAGAACUCAUUGAGUCCUUUUGAGGGUGACUUGUCUUAUCACUGAGUUGGAAGGAAUUUAAUUAGGUUAUCACAUAUGGUGAUGAGACAUAUGGAGCACGACUCUCCCCACUGCUGCUUAAAACACGAGGACAGGUGGUCAGAAGCCACCACUUCUGACCAGUUUGUUGCCACAGUGGCACUUGGGUGUGGCAAGUAGAAGGCCAAUCAUCUCCAAAUCUUGUUCUCUGUAUACUUUUGUUUUGAGUCUUCAUCCCUGGCUCAUUUUGUGGCUUUUAUGACAGUGAAUUUAUUGUGGAAUUUUGUGAUCCCUGGUGGCCCAUGUCCUGAAUCCCCAACCUGUUUGCCAUCUUGCCUCUUCCCUCCUCCCGAGAAGCAGCACACAUUGUAUUAACUUAUGUCUCUUGUUAAAUGAGGAUAAUGUCUUUGUGUUCUGUCCAAAACUAUAUUGAAAAAGAUAAAUAUUAUAUUGUUUAAUGCAAAUGAAGGAAUGCAAUAAAGAGUAAAUAUACUUGAAAA